AUGGAUCUUCCGGAGAACAAGCUGGCAGACUUAAUCAAAGACAAUGAAAAGGCCAUGUGGAGACCAGUUAACAAUCACAAUAUAACUCAAUUCACUCAAGAUGACAUCCUAAGGAUUACAAAGAAUCAUGGCACACUCAUUGGGAAAGGGGGUUUUGGAGAGGUUUACCAAGGAGUUCUUGAUAAUGGUAGUCUAGUUGCGGUGAAGAAAUAUAUCCAGAAGAAUUACAAUGAAGGGUUUGCCAAAGAGUUGAUUGUCCAUUCUCAUAUAAACCAUAAGAGUGUAGUCAGACUAUUGGGCUACUGCGCAGAAGAAAAUGCUUUGAUGGUGGUCACAGAGUUUAUCUCCAAAGGAAACCUCAGUGAACUUCUUCACAUCUCCCGUGAUCCCAUUUCAUUAGCUACCCGGCUGAGUAUUGCUAUGGAAUGCGCAGAAGCAUUAAACUACAUGCACUCAAUGUAUCAACCCAUCAUUCAUGGUGACAUCAAGCCUGAAAACAUACUUCUAGAUGAUGAAUUGGGUGCAAAAUUAGCUGAUUUUGGAAUAUCAAGGUUAUUAUCAAUGGACAGAACUCAGUACACCAAAAAUGUAAUUGGGAGCAUUGGCUAUGUGGAUCCUGAAUUUAUUCUUAAGGGACGCAUUAAUCCAAAAAAUGAUGUUUGCAGUUUUGGAGUUGUUCUUCUAGAACUAAUCACUAGGAAGAGAAUUUGUGAAAACGGGAUAUGCACUGAUCUCACAGAAAACUUCAUGAAAGCUUUUGGAAAAGGGAAAAAGGUGAGAGACAUGCUUGAUUCUGAAAUAGUGAAUGCUGAUCGGAAGAUUUUGAAUAAAGUUGGAAAGCUUAUAAGUGAUUGCCUCAAAAUGAACUUCAAUGAACGCCCUGACAUGAAAGAUGUUGUACAGCGUCUUCAAAUGCUCACAAAAUCAUACUAUGAACAAGGGAAGGAAAAAACUACACAAUGGUCAUUACGGGGAGAACAAAAAAUCAACCAGGACAAUAUAACCACGUCCAAUUCACACUCCACAUUGCUUUACAAGGUGGACUGCACGCAGCAAAAAAAUGAUAUCCCCGUUCUGGUGUUUGAGUUUGCGUCCAAAGGUAGCCUCGAUGACAUUCUACAUGGAUACAACAGGACGCCUCUCAAUUUGGAUGUACGUCUACAGAUUGCUGCACAAACAGCACGGGGUCUAGCUUAUAUGCAUUCAGAAAUCACAACGACUAUUCUACAUGGUGAUGUUAGACCAGAUAAUAUACUUCUAAGUGAUGACUUUGUACCAAAGAUCUCAGGGUUUGGUUUAUCAAGAUUGAUUGCUCAAGAUAGACAAUACACCGACGAAAUCAGUGGUCAUACGAGUUACAUGGAUCCAGUGUAUAUGAAGACUGGGCUGUUAACCAGUAAAUCUGAUGUUUUCAGUUUUGGAAUUGUGCUGUUAGAACUCAUUACAAGGAGAAAGGCCUCAUCUCGAGACAGUACUUUGUUUCCCAAGGAUUUUCUUGACGCUUACACAAAUAAUGAAGUGAUCCAGGUUGUUGAUCCAGAAAUGGCAAUAACAGAAAACAUCGAGCUUCUUUACAGUAUCACAGAAAUAAUUGCUCAAUGCGUAAAUCUUGAUGUUGAUCAAAGGCCAGAGAUGACAGAUGUAGCAACACAUCUUUACAUGCUUAUAAGAGCUAACCAUCAGUCAGAUCAAUUAUUGGAAACGCAAAAUAUCAACCAUGAUGGCAACAGAAUCUACACCUCGAACUCCACACAGAAUAACAGUCCAAUAUUAGAAAAAGUGAACAGUGUAUGGGUAUUUAAAAAGGAGGAGCUAAAGCCUAUUUUAAAAAAUAGCAACCUUAUUGGAAAAGGUGCAUUUGCUGACAUUUAUAAGGGGAGUAUUGGUGGUAAUGACCAGCCAGUUGCAGUGAAAAAGCCCAAUAGCAUGGGUUUUUUGUGGAUAAAAGAAAAAACUACAGAUGAAAUCAAUAUUCAAUCUCGAGUCAUUCACGAGAACAUUCCCAAGCUCAUUGGUGUUUGCCUAGAAGAUGAUAUCCCAAUUAUGGUGUUUGAGUUUGUGUCCAAAGGUAGCCUCACUGACAUUCUACAUGGAUCCAACAUGAUGCCCCUCAAUUUGGAUGUACGUCUACAAAUUGCGGCACAAACAGCAUGGGGUCUAGCUUAUAUGCAUUCACAAAUCACAAUGAAGAUUCUGCAUGGUGAUGUUAGACCAGAUAAUAUACUUCUAAGUGAUGACUUUGUACCGAAAAUCUCGGGCUUUGGUUUAUCUUGA